AUGCAUUACUCCAACCUUAUCCUCCCAGCAAUAUGUAUUAUAUUUACCCUCACUACCUCGUCCGUGGCUCAGACAGCAGUCUCGGCGGCUAAACCUUUCAUAACUGCAGCAGACUCAAAAUUCGGAGGUCAAAUAGAAGGCACGGCCGUUGAUCAAGCAGGAAACGUGUUCACUGUCGACUUUGGUAAAAAGACCCAAGCAAUUGGUCAACUAUCGCCCAAACAAAAACUGUUCUUUGCCGAGGCAAACAAUCAAACGUUCUUUAACGCCGUGAGGUUUGUGCCCGUACCCAGCGGCAAAAACAUCAAAAGCGCCGCGUUGGCUGGCGACGUGUUGGGACAUAGAGUUUUGAAACUGGUAGUUAAAGUCGAUAAGAAGACAAAGAAGACAAAAGUGUCCUCAAGCGUGUUCUGCGAGAAUAAACAAUUUCUACAACCAAACGACCUCGCUAUUGCUGUUAAAUCAGGAUUCGUAUAUCUAUCGGGUCAAAACUUUACCGCAGACACGAAAAUAGGUGACGGUGAUCUAUGGCUAUGUACCUCGAAAGGAAAAACGACUCGAUUAGGCCAAUUCGGCAGAACAAAUGGUAUCGAAGUGUCUCCGGACGAACGCACUCUUUACCUUUCGGAAGCAUUCAAUGUGAACGGGACUGUGAUAUCAAACAAGGUCCUUAAAUUUGACAUCAAUUCUGCCACAGGUCACGUCAGCAAUAAGCAAGUUUUCGCUGAUUUCGAGAAAAUUGAUGGUACUCAAGCGACUGAUAUCGACGGAAUGAGAACUGACAAGGAUGGAAACCUGUUUGUUACUCGUAACGGUGGUGGCCAGGUUGUCAAGUUCUCGCCAACGGGGGAGGUGCUUUUAAAAAUAAAACUAGCGAAUAAGAGUGUAUCUAACUUGGAAUUCGGAGGCAAGGAUGGGAAGACCUUGUUCAUGGUUGGAACGUGCGAUGCAGAUGCAACAAAGGGUUGUGUAGACACUUUUAACAACCCAGUUGAAGGACGCGCAUUUGCGUCGCUUAACAAACAAUUGUAA